AACGACAUUAUAUGCGCGGGAUUCAUUAUGAUAACACAGAGCUGCUUAAUACGUUUAUAGAUAUGUUCUCGUAGAAAGAAAGGAAAAUGCUGUUUUCAAAUAGUUUCUUAAUAACGUUAUGUUUUAUCAAUAAUGCAGUUAUUGCGACAUAUUUUGAACCUGGCUAUGACCACCACUAUACAUACUCGGCGGUGACAGAUAUGCUGGGCAUGCAAAAUGUUACUACUGUUUUAAAGUUCCGAAUAAGAAACGCAGGACACUUGUCGUCUGAAAAAGUAUUGAAUGUUAUGAUAGUAGAGAGCGUCAUUCAGCAUUCACAGAAUGGUGGUUAUGCAGAUAAUCCUGAUGGAUGGGACUUCACGCAGAGGUUUUACUUCGUAACAGAAACGAAUGGUAUUGUUAGUCUGGUUUACCACAGUGAAGAUCAAGAUGAAGUUCUGGUUUUAAAGAAAGUUCUUGCUGGUACUUUUUCAGUUAACGCAACGAUUGUGCGAAAUAAACCGGGCAACAGAUGGACAUUUCUUUCAAAGGACCUGGAUCACAUCGGUAACCUUGAGCAUAUAUAUCAAGCAGAAAUGCAGCCCGGAGGAGUCAACUUCCAUCGCACACAUAAAAGCGUGUCAGACGUACACAGACAUCACAUAAAAAAUGUAAAACUGGAUCAUGCACUGACACCUAUACAUGUUGAAACAUUUGACAAUGUUACAUUUCAUCGAUCGGGCCCAAUGGUCAGAACAUAA